AUGGGCCACAUCAUAGAGGAGUGCCGCACGUUGCAGCGUGAAGUUGGGAAACUGAUAGCGGCGGGAAGACCUACUAGAGUGCAGGUCGGUAGAGCUCCAAUACCCAAAGGAGUACACACGAUUGCCGGAGGGUUUGGAGGAGGAGGAGUCACCAGUGCAGCUAGGAAGCGGUAUGCUAGAGCAGUGAACACGGUAGCAAAAGUUCCUUUCGGUUUUUCACAUCCAGACAUUACAUUUUCGUCCGAUGACUUCGUUGGAAUAAAGCCACAUCUAGACGAUCCGAUUGUAAUCCUCCUUCGCGUCAACCAACUUAAUGUACAACGAGUACUUUUGGAUCAAGGGAGUUCAGCAGACAUCAUUUACGGCGGGGUAUUUGAUCGGCUCGGCUUGAGCGAGGCAGAUCUCACUCCUUAUGCAGGGACUCUGGUGGGGUUUGCGGGCGAGCAAAAAACGGCGAGGGAGUGCUACUGCAACGCGGUAGACCGCUACGGGAAAAGGGACGCUUCGGUGGGACAUCGAUGCAACGAGGUCGAUGCGCCGGAGGAAAACCUAGAUCCAAGGGGCGAAGGGCGAGUCAACAGGCCCACGCCAAUAGAGGAGACCAAUGAACUGAAAUUUGGCGAGAAGAUACUCAAGAUAAGGACCCGACUGACUGAGGCCCAGGAACAGCGAUUAUCAAAGCUAUUGGGCGAGAACUUGGACCUCUUUGCUUGGAGUCACAAAGACAUGCCAGGGAUAGACCCGAACUUCAUUUGCCACAGGCUGGCGCUAAAUCCCGGAAUUAAACCAGUGACCCAGACGCGCCGGCGAAUGGGUGAUGAAAAGGAGAAGGCAAUCCAGCAGGAGGUGAACAAAUUACUGGCGGCGGACUUCAUCUGGGAAAUUAAGUAUCCUACUUGGCUGGCGAAUGUGGUAAUGGUAAAGAAGGCGAACGGAAAAUGA